UGGUAGUAGUAUUUUUCAAUUUUUUAAAUGUUUUAAUUUGGAAAAGAUGUCUGUACACAAACCACCGGCACACCAAACUCUGUAACACAAAAGUCAACAAUGGUGUAUUUAUAUUGUUGAUGUCUAUGUAUAUCCAUUAUAUAAAAGCAAUUUCUGAUUAGUUCAACGAAUAGUAAUGCUGAAUUUGCUCUAGAAUAAACUAUCAUCGGAAAUGGAGGUCAAACGAAGGGCGGUGAAGAAUCUCGUUACGAAGCUGAGUUCCGUGUCGGAGCAGACACGAACAGAAGCAAUUUGUGAGCUGAGAUUGAUUUCGAAGAACGAUUCCGAUAGCAGACCGUUGAUCGCCGACGCCGGUGCGGUUCCGUAUUUGUCGGAAUCGCUGUACUCGUCGAAUAAAUUGUCUCAGGAGAACGCAACUGCGGCGUUGCAUAAUCUAUCAAUUUCUCAUAAGGACUUGUUGAUGUCGACGCGAGGGCUCCUUGAUGCUCUCUCUCACGCUCUCCGGAAUCCGUCUUCUCCUUCCGUCGCUCAGUGCGCUGCUGGUACCAUUUUCAGCUUACUGACUGUCGAGUCUUAUCGGUCUAUUAUUGGGCACAAGCGUGAUAUCCUUUUUGGUCUUAUAGACAUAAUAAAAAACCCUAAUUCGGAUUCUAGAACUGUAAAAGAUGCUCUCAAAGCUCUUUUUGGUAUUGCGCUUUACCCGAUGAAUCGUGCUCAUAUUAUUGAGCUUGGAGCUGUACCACCGUUGUUUUCAUUGCUGUGUAAUGAUGGUAGAGCAGGGAUAUUGGAGGAUGUUACUGCCGUGAUUGCUCAAAUUGCUGGUUGUGAGGAGAGCUGGGAAGCGUUUAGGAAGAUAUCAGGGGUUGGGGUAUUGGUGGAUAUGUUGGAUAGUUCUACUGGAUCAAGCAAUCGAACUAAAGAGAACGCGAUUUCAGCGUUGCUCAAUUUGGUGCAAUGUGGCGGAGAAGAGACGGUCAAUAGUAUUCGUGGCAUAGUUUUAGGGGCAGUGGAUGGCAUAAUUGAAGUGGCAGAAAAUGGAACGGAUAAAGGGAGGAGCAAGGCAAUGGCGUUGUUGAAGAUACUUGAUGUCAGUUCUUGUACGUUUCAAGAGGAGCAUAUGGACUACUUAUCAAACCACUCGUCAUGAGUAUGUCAAAUAUAUCUCUUUUUGGUUAUGCUUGUAUAGAUAUCGUUCGUUUAGAUUUGUGUCUGUACUCUUUGUGGUAUUAUAACAGUGAAUGGGGUGUGAAAAUGUGUUAAUGUGGUUGUAAGAAUUAGUUUGGAUUGAAUACUAACUAAAACAAAUUGAAUAACCACCUGAUUUAAUUAAAUCCUCGGUUUUCCUGUUUCUAA